CCUCCAGCCGGUCUUUUUCCAUCCUGUGCGCGCGUGUGGGGUGGGGAUGGACCGCUGCAAGAAUGCUUGCUUACAUGUGUUUAUGAAGACGAAUUUCGCCCUCUCCGGCGCCGCUCCCCCGCCCUGAUUUAAGUCUCCGCCAUCCAGAGCCACCCCAGCCCGUGCUCUGCGAUCUCUGCAGGCGCACGGAGAACUCUUGGCCAGCCUGGCUAGAAACUUCUUUCCGCCCUGUGGAGGGGAUGGAAGGUGAAGGAUUGGGGGGUGAGAGGGGUGCACAGCUCCAUCACCGUGGGGACUCGAACUGGAGCUAGGGGGAGCACAGGCAGCUCGAAGGCGGGAAGAGCAUCAUGGGCUCCCGGGUCCCUCGGCUCCCGAGUGCUGUUGCUAAUGAGCACGGUCUCUCUCCUCCCUGUACAAUGAAAGACAAGCCAGACCCCAGGUACCUGAUGGUGUGAGAGCCAAAGUCUCAGGAGCAUCACAAUAAGUGGCUGAUGGUGACUAACCAAGGCCAGAGGGCAGUUACACAGUCGUGUUGAGCACAUCACACAUUAUGGGCCCUUGAAAGACCUGGAUUGAUUGGAAGGACAGAAAUUAAAAGCAAUCUGAUCCAGCCCCAUGCCGGAUCCCUGCGGAUUUCUUCCUUAUCCCAUUUCCAUCCACCAUCACAAUUUGAGAGUCUGCCCGAUUUGAUCAGCUUCACCUCCGGGAGAGGUGUAAAACGCCAAGGUUAGGAGGACAAGAAGUUACAGGCAACUUUUUGAUCUGCCCAUCAGCAGUCUGAGAAACGCUGGCUCUGGAUUUUUCCAUAUCGGCCAUUGGGAAAACACAAACUCCUCGCCGCUGGGCAAACCUGCAGUGCUGGGGUCUCUGAGACAUCCCAGCCGCCACCACCUGGUAGAUGUGGCAUUUCCAUGCUGAGGCCCCGAGUCCCCCCUGACUCCACCGGCACCUCACCAGGGCCCCUGUGGGCCCCACCCCUGUGCACUUUCAGUCAUGCUGCACCUGCUGGCCCUCCUCCUGCACUGCCUCCCGCUGGUCUCUGGGGACUAUGACAUCUGCAAAUCCUGGGUGACCACGGAUGAGGGCCCCACUUGGGAGUUCUAUGCCUGCCAGCCCAAGGUGAUGCGCCUGAAGGACUACGUCAAGGUGAAGGUGGAGCCCUCUGGCAUCACGUGCGGAGACCCCCCUGAGAGGUUCUGCUCCCAUGAGAACCCUUACCUGUGCAGUAACGAGUGUGAUGCCUCCAACCCUGACCUGGCCCACCCGCCCCGGCUCAUGUUCGACAGGGAGGACGAGGGACUGGCCACCUACUGGCAGAGUGUCACGUGGAGCCGCUAUCCCAGCCCCCUGGAGGCCAACAUCACGCUGUCCUGGAACAAGAGUGUAGAGCUGACAGACGACGUGGUGAUGACCUUUGAGUAUGGCCGGCCCACAGUCAUGGUCCUGGAGAAGUCCUUGGACAACGGGCGCACGUGGCAGCCCUACCAGUUCUAUGCCGAGGACUGCAUGGAGGCCUUUGGCAUGUCUGCCCGCCGGGCCCGAGACAUGUCGCCUUCCAGUGCCCACCGGGUGCUGUGCACUGAGGAGUACUCGCGCUGGGCGGGCUCCAAGAAGGAGAAGCACGUGCGCUUUGAGGUGCGGGACCGCUUUGCCAUCUUUGCAGGCCCCGACCUGCGAAACAUGGACAACCUGUACACACGGCUGGAGAGUGCCAAGGGCCUCAAGGAGUUCUUCACCCUCACUGACCUGCGAAUGCGGCUACUGCGCCCAGCGCUGGGUGGCACUUACGUGCAGCGGGAAAACCUCUACAAGUACUUCUACGCCAUCUCCAACAUAGAAGUCAUCGGCAGAUGCAAGUGCAACUUACAUGCCAACCUGUGCUCCGUGCGUGAGGGCAGCCUGCAGUGCGAGUGUGAGCACAACACCACUGGCCCUGACUGCGGCAAGUGCAAGAAGAACUUCCGCACGCGAGCCUGGCGCGCCGGCUCCUACCUGCCGCUACCCCACGGCUCUCCCAACGCCUGUGCUGCUGCAGGCUCGGCCUUUGGUAACUGUGAAUGCUACGGUCACUCCAACCGCUGCAGCUACAUUGACUUCCUGAACGUGGUGACCUGCGUCAGCUGUAAGCACAACACGAGGGGCCAGCACUGCCAGCACUGCCGGCUGGGCUACUACCGAAAUGGCUCUGCGGAGCUGGAUGACGAGAACGUCUGCAUCGAGUGCAACUGUAACCAGAUAGGCUCGGUGCACGACCGGUGCAACGAAACUGGCUUCUGCGAGUGCCGCGAGGGCGCAGUGGGGCCCAAGUGCGACGACUGCCUCCCCACUCACUACUGGCGCCAGGGAUGCUACCCCAACGUGUGCGACGAUGACCAGCUGCUCUGCCAGAACGGUGGCACCUGCGUGCAGAACCAGCGCUGCGCCUGCGCGGGCGGCUACACCGGCCUGCGCUGCGAGCAUCCGCGGUGCGACCCUGCGGACCAGGACGCGAGGCUGGACUGCGACCGCGCGCCCGGCGCCGCCCUGCGCCCCAACGCCCUGCUUGGCUGCCUGCUCCUACUCGGGCUGGCCGCCCUCCUGGGCUGCUGACCCGCCCGGGGGACGCCCAGGGCCGGCGUCGGGGCCACAAGGGUGCGGCCGAGCUGCUCCCAGGUGCUACUCUGCAGAGUCCUCCCGCCUCCCUGCACCUGCCACGCCAGCGACUGCCUCCCACACACUCGGGACUUGGAUUCCCUUUUACACACCCUGCCACCCUAUCCCUUUUAUUUUCCUUCUUUCUUUCUGUAAUUGUUCCUUUUUUUUUUUUUUAAUUUCUGGCAGUGAGAUAAAGGGUCGGGAGAAAUACUGCUCAUCCCAACACCUGCAGGUCCCGCCCCCACCUCACAUACACAGACUCUGCGCCUGUCCCUGGCUCCCAGCCACCAGCCAGCGGACCCGGAUCUCCAGCUGCCUACAGUUCCAGUAGCAGACUUGAUCCUCCUCUGUAUUCUUUAUUUUCUUUUGCACUUACCAGACCCCAGGCCCCCAAUGAGGCCUGGUGACCAAGGACGCUCACCGUCUUGGGGGAGGAGAAGGACGAUGGCUGGGAGAGGCAGGAAUUUUGUUUUGUAGAGAACUAUUUUUGUUUGUAUUCACUGUCCCCUGUGAGGAGGGACUCAGAUGGGAGCUGGUCACUGAGGGUGGCUGAGGGUGUACCCCUCGGAGAGUAAAGCGAGUUCACAGCUGCCUUCUGCCCACUUGCCUUCUGCAUUGAUGGAUACCUGGGCAGGUUAUCUAUCAGGUUUGGGUAAAUGGAAGAAUCCAUUUAAAAAAAAAAAAAAAGCCUUAAAGAAACGGUUCCCCAUUGGGGCAACCCUUCCUCAGGAUGGCCUCUCCUGCACCCCCCCCCCACAUACCCAAUCUCAUCAAUGGGCAAAUCUGCUAGUAACCACAUGGUAGGGGCUUCCCCAAACAGAGGUGAUCACCUUUCCUCCAGCCCCCCAACUCCAGUGUAUCUACUAUG